ACGCCUGAACCGGUGCGGUGCAGUUUGUUCUUCCCUCCCAGUCCACCCUAAAAAAAUACCAAAAAUUUUGUCGGUGUUACUUCCUCCGUCGUCUCGGUCGUCGAUCGUCUGUUAGUCGGAAGAUUUUAUCUCGCUUUUCUCUCCGCUUUUAUAGUCCUCAUUGCAGAAAAGGAAAAAAAUCUCAAAUUUGCAUUAUAAUUGUUAUACAUUAGGUAUUUCAGUGGCUUAUCGGGAUUUUCAGGGUUUUGAGUUAUAAUUCUGUUGCUUGUUGUUCUCUAUUCAUUCUUUUCUUUCAUCAAGAAGGGGAGAAGGAAUUGGAAUUGAAGUAAAAAGAAUUCUUGAAGGGUUUGUCUUUGUCUGCUUGUGUUUGGUAAGAUGUCGCAACUUCAAGUGCAGCAUCAGGCUCCAGUAUCGGCACCGAAUGGUGUGGUGGCGGCUAGCCCUGCAGCGAAUGAGUUUGUGACGACCUCUCUGUAUGUUGGAGAUCUUGACCAGAGCGUGACUGACUCACAGGUCUACGAUCUCUUCAGCCAGGUUGGCCAGGUCAUGUCAGUUAGGGUUUGUAGGGACCUAAGCACCCGCCGAUCUCUUGGAUAUGGUUAUGUCAACUACAGCAAUACUCAGGAUGCUGCAAGGGCUUUGGACGUACUGAACUUCACUCCUCUCAAUAGCAGGCCAAUUAGGGUCAUGUAUUCACAUCGGGACCCUAGUAUUCGUAAGAGUGGAGCUGGGAAUAUAUUUAUCAAGAAUAUUGACAAAGCUAUUGACCACAAAGCUUUACAUGAUACAUUUUCUUCAUUUGGGACCAUUCUUUCUUGCAAGAUGGCUACUGAUGCUUCUGGCCAAUCUAAAGGCUAUGGUUUUGUUCAAUUUGAAAAUGAAGUGUCUGCACAGACUGCAAUAGAUAAGUUAAACGGCAUGCUUAUAAAUGAUAAGCAAGUGUAUGUUGGACAGUUUCUCCGCAAGCAUGAACGAGAUAGUACUUUGAGUAACAUAAAAUUUAAUAAUGUUUAUGUGAAAAAUUUAUCCGAGUCAACAACUGAUGAGGAUCUGAAGACAAUUUUUGGCGAAUAUGGACCAAUUACAAGUGCUGUAGUCAUGAGGGAUGGAGAUGGGAAGUCGAAAUGUUUUGGGUUUGUCAAUUUUGAACAUGCAGAUGAUGCUGCUAAAGCUGUUGAAGCUCUUAAUGGCAAGAAGUUUGAUGACAAGGAAUGGUAUGUUGGGAAAGCCCAGAAAAAAAUUGAGAGAGAGAUUGAACUGAAGGGGAAGUUUGAGCAGAGUAUUAAAGACACUGUAGACAAGUAUCAAGGGAUGAAUUUGUAUAUUAAGAAUUUGGAUGACAGCAUCAAUGAUGAAAAACUAAAGGAAUUAUUCUCCGAGUUUGGUACAAUCACUUCAUGCAAGGUUAUGUGCGACCCCAGUGGUAUUAGUAAAGGUUCUGGAUUUGUCGCCUUCUCUUCUCCUGAAGAAGCAUCUCGGGCUCUUGCUGACAUGAAUGGAAAAAUGGUUGUUAGCAAACCACUCUAUGUUGCACUGGCUCAGCGGAAAGAAGAGAGGAGAGCAAGGCUACAGGCACAAUUUUCUCAAAUGAGACCUAUUGCUAUGACUCCUCCGGUUGCUCCUCGUAUGCCAAUGUAUCCACCUGGUGCCCCGGGGCUUGGUCAACAAUUUUUGUAUGGGCAAGCACCUCCAGCUAUAAUUCAUCCACAAGCUGGGUUUGGCUAUCAGCAGCAGUUUGUUCCUGGAAUGAGGCCUGGUGGGGGGCCGAUGCCAAAUUUUUUUGUUCCACUGGUCCAGCAGGGUCAGCAGGGCCAGCAGCGACCAGGGGGGCGACGUGGAUCUGGACCUGUGCAACAACCUCAGCAACCAGUCCCACUUAUGCAGCAGCAGAUGGUACCUAGGGGUGGACGCUCAUACCGUUAUCUGCCUGGUCGCAACGUGCCAGAUGCUCAAGUACCAGGUGUUGCUGGAGGGAUGAUUUCUGUUCCGUACGACGUGGGUGGCAUGCCAAGGAGAGAUGCUCCAGUAGGUCAACCUCUGCCUAUAACGGCAUUGGCUUCUGCCCUGGCAAAUGCAACACCUGAACAGCAGAGGAUGAUGUUGGGUGAAAGUUUAUACCCCCUUGUGGAUCAGUUGGAGCAUGAAGCUGCAGCCAAGGUCACGGGCAUGCUUCUGGAGAUGGACCAGACUGAGGUUUUACAUCUGCUUGAGUCACCUGAUGCUUUGAAGGCUAAAGUUGCAGAGGCCAUAGAGGUCCUGAGGAAUGUAGCUGCUGAGCAGCAGGCAAACAAUCAAGCUGAUCAGCUUGCCUCACUCUCCUUGAAUGAAAAUCUUGUCUCUUGAGUAAUGACGUGUGGGCGUUUAUUUAAUUAGAGUGGACUAGUCUCUCCUUCGGCACAAAGGGCAUAUAGAUUUCAAACGUUAGAUACAUUAUUUAGGGUUGCUGGUAUUUGCUAGGAAAGUAGGGAGGUUUGCGAGUUUUUCCUGAAUUUUGUGGUCAAAUUAUUUUGAACAUAAAUUCAACCUUUUGAUAUCUUUGGUAUGAGGAAUUUACGUUGCAUGU